UGGAGGUGGUCCAUCCCAGCCCCAGACGGGCCAACAAAUGCAAUGCGAUCCCGUAUUUGAUAGUUCACAUGGCCCCUUAGGUGGUCCCAUACCCUUACCUGCCCCACCACAAAAUUAUGAUAAGGGUCGUGCGGCCAAUGCAGCCGACAUCGAUUUCGAUUCAUUGCUAUUGCAACAAUUCAGCUGUUUGGGUACCCGUGAUCAUGAAGAUUUAAUCGAACAAUUUCAUAGUUUAAUGAACAACCAGAUGAACAAGGAUGCGGCCCGAUUCUUCUUAGAGAUGAGUAAUUGGAAUCUUCAAACGGCUGUCGGUUGCUAUUUGGAUUUUUGCAAUGGUCAAACUCUGCCCUCCAUGAAACUGGUACAACAACAACCGAAUGGUCAACAAAUGGCAUGGCGUCUACAAAAUAUUGGUUCGGAAACCUGGCCCAAUGGCUGUUACUUAAUGUCCAAUAGUCAAGUUCGACGUCUAGAGGUACCAUCGUUACGGCCGGGUGAUACAUGUGAUGUUGUGGCCGACAUUUGUAGCCAUGAACCGAUUGUGUGGCGUCUCUGCACUCCGUAUGGUGAAUAUUUUGGUGAUAGCCUGUGUCUGGUGGCACCGGGCGUUUUCAAUUCGCACGAGGAAUUAAAUCAACGUUUAGCUCAAUUAGCCGUUAGCGAACAAAAUCCCGCCCAAUGUCCUCAAGUUAAUAUUGUGAUAUCGGAGAGAAUGGAAUAG